CAGUCACAGCAAAAGAUGCACUCUGCAACAGAUGCCGCGUACCGUCACCUGGCCUCAGCAUGAGCCUUGUUUUGGAUGAGUGAGUGGCAGGUGCGGCUGUGAAUAGUACCCUCCGAUGCCUGGCCCUUUCAACUGACAUUAUAAAUCCACUGGCCUGUCAGAAUGAGUGAGGUGACCAUCGUCCACACCGACGAAGCUGCUCAGUGGGCAAGCUAUCUGCAGAUCAUCCUCCAGUCAGCGUGGAAGUGCCCCAAGAACUCCGUCGUCCUGCACCUGGUCGACAGCAAGGUCACCGCCGCGGACCUCGACCUGUCCGCCGUCUCGGACACCAAGUGCAUUUUACUCUUGCUGUCCACCGUUCUGCUGGACUUGCAGAGCGAGCCCGGGAUUCACGAGAAGUUCCACCGGCUCCUGAGUCCUCCCAGCACCGUGGUGGUGUUCCUGUGCGGCGUCUUUGACGACGAGGUCGGCGCGGACGACUUUGAGUACUGGGACAGCUGGAGGAAGCUUCACGUCGAGGACGAGCCUGUCUUUUACGUCUCCACCGUGCAGGAGGCAAUUAGCUCCAAAGUAGUGCAGCUGAGCCAGGAGGAGUUCUGGCCCCCUCUGCCAGAUGAGGACUUCCCCCCGCCACUCAGCCCUUUGGACUCGGCCCCAUCACCAGGCCCUCUGGCUGAGGUGACCCCUGAUGGACAAGCAGAAGAGGAAGACGAAGAGGAGGAGGAGGAGGAGGUGAAGGUAGUGGAGGAGGAGGAAGAGGUGCAGCAGCCGGAGCAGGAUAUGGCCUUUUCUUCACUGGACAGCAUCCAAGAGAACGGUGUUAGUACUCGUGUCGCGGCCACAGCCACUGUCAAGGCCACUACCAUUGCCUCGCCCUCCGCUGCUCUCCCUGUCCCUGUGCCUGCCAUGGUUCCUGCCCAGACCUUUGCCACUGUCCCUGUACCUUUGCCUGUCAUUUCCCCGACCUCUGCUACUGUCCCUGUUUGUGUGCCUACUACUGCCCCGACCUCUUCCAAUGCCUUGGCCUCUACCACCACCACCACCCCCCUGGUCUCAGCCCACACCAACCUCCAGUCUUGUGUGACUGUGCUGCCAGAGAGGAUUCAGUGUGGGGAACAUGUAACUGUUUACAUCAUCCUGCUGAAGAAGAGGGAUCAUGAGGGCAGCUUGGAGAUGGAGUUUUCCUGUGAAGGCAUCAGCAGACGGGUUCCAGGAAUAUGUGUGAAUGAAUACACCAUAAGUGGCGAGUCACCCGAUAUGCCGGCAGGAGAGGUGACCGUCACCCUGUACAGCGGCCACUCUGCAGUGUGCUCCAAGUGCCUGACGUACUACACACCCAUGAGUGAAAUAAGCAGACAGCUUGAAAAUGCAGCGGAUCCUAUGCAGUUCAUGUGUCAGGCAUUCGAUAUCACAUGCAAUGCCGCAGAAUCACUGGAUACCUUGCUAACCGAGUCUCUCAAGGCCCGAAUGCCCUCAAAUGGCCUCCGUGUCUUUGGAAUUAGCCAACUUGAAGAAGAAAACCUAUCAGUUAAUCAGAGAGAUGAAGAGCUCCCAACGUUGCUUCAUUUUGCUGCGAAGUACGGCCUGAAGAAACUGACUAUAGUCUUGUUGCAGUGUCCCGGUGCCCUGCAGGCGUACAGCGUAGCCAACAAGCAUGGCCACUACCCCAAUAAAUUAGCCGAGCAACACGGCUUCUCUGGCCUCAGGCAGUUCAUGGACAGCUAUCUUGAGACGGCAGACAUUCAGACAGACAUUCAGGACUCUCUCUCACAGCAAGAGACGGAGGAUAUUUACGAAAUAAUGCAGGACGCCAUGUCCAAGUAUUCCCUCAAGGAGGACAUCUACGAGUCCAUGAGAGAAGUGGCCCCUGAAUGUGCUGAAGACCUAUAUGAAGAUAUGGAGACGGCAUUGAAAGAAUCGCAGAACCAUGAAGAUACUAUGCUGAGAAGAUUUUUCCAAGUUCAAACUGGGAAGCCCCUUUGCCCCGAGGCCAACUACUCGAUGGAUGAACCACAGUGGCGAGGUGUGGCGGAGGGAGAAGACCCGUACGAGGUAGAGGAAGACGAGGAGGACCCUUAUAACCUGUGCAUGAUGGAGCAGAUCUACGACACGGUGGAGGAGCAGCAGGCCAUCCCUCUGGAGAUCCUGAACCGGCCCCCAGCCCCCAUCCCCCGCCCCUCCUGCACCCUGGAGAUGCAGCAGAGCUCCACAUACAUCUCACGCGUGUUUUCUGAGAAAGAGACCACCUACUCCCAGUGCGCUCACAGAGGCAGCUUUGACUCUCAAGUGGUGCGGCCGGUGAGGGACCGGCUCCUGAGCAGUGCCCACGACCCUUACGCGGGCAUGAAGACGCCAGGGCAGCGGCAGCUGAUUGCCCUGCAGGAGCGCGUGAAGGUGGGCUCCCUAACUGUAGAGGAGGCAGUCCAAGAGUUCAAGGCCUGGAAGUUCGACCAGGACGGACGCACUCAAUCCAUUCGCUUCCAGCAGGACAAUAUUCAGCGCUUGCGUGACAGCAUCACCCGCCGUCAUAAAGAAAAAGGGAAGUCCCCAAUGGAAGAUCUGGACAUCACGUCACCACUGCAGAGGAACCUUCAGUGGAGUGGGAGCAUGAGUUUGGAGUGUGCCGUGUACGAGCCGGGGCCCCGCACCAGCGCACCGCCGCCACCCCCCAUCCCCCGCCCGCUGCAGAGGGGAACCUGGCAGACCGGCAGCACCUCCAGCAACUCCAGUAGCGAGAGCAACCGGCUGAGUACUCUGAGCAACAUCAGCUACAGCAGCGGAGCAGAAGGGGAAAUGGAGGAGCCUCCGGAUCUUGGCCCCCUCCCGCCCCGGCCGGUACGGUACCCUGACGACCCCCCUGUGCUGCCGCCUCCCAGAGUCCCCCCUCGCAUCCCAGAGAGGACCCCAGAGAGCAUGCUCAAUGAGCGCUACAUCCAGAGCCCCAGUCGCAUCCGGCCCACACCAGGCCCAACACCCCCGCAGAGACCCGUCCCGCCACCACCCAUCCCACGCAGGCCUCGGUGAUGAACUGACCCCCCCCCCAUUACCAUGCAAGCUUUGGUGAUGAACUGACCUCCCCAGCCCCUGCCCGCACCCAUAUACAGUAGCUCGCAGGACACAAUGAUGAACUGAGCUCCCUAUGCUGCCCCCUCCAUAGCACACAGGUCUCGCUGCUGAAUUGAGUAUCGCCACAUCACGUUUCCACGGUGAUUAGCUGAGCCCCCAGCCCUACCCCACCCCAUAC